ACGCGACCAAUGGCGGUUCGGCUAAGCCUGACGUCACAUGCGCAACCCAAGUGCGCGGGCUGGCAAGAGGCAUCCAAAAUGCCGUCGACUGCUGAUCAGAAGGCUGCGCUGCCUACACAAACGGAGAAACCAAACCAUUACAAUUACCUGAAGGAGUUCCGUGUCGAGCAGUGUCCGCUGUUCGUGCAGCACAAGUGCACACAGCACAAGCCGUUCACAUGCUUUCACUGGCACUUCAAGAAUCAACGGCGCAGAAGACCCAUACGGCUCGCGCGAGACGGCACAUUCAACUACAGCCCUGAUGUGUACUGCACAAACUACGACGAGACGACAGGGAUAUGCCCCGACGGUGACGGGUGCCGCUUUCUGCACCGGACGGCGGGGGACACGGAGCGUCGCUACCAUCUACGUUACUACAAGACAGGCAUCUGUGUGUACGACACGGAUGCUCGGGGCAACUGCGUCAAAAAUGGACCCCACUGCGCCUUUGCACACGGCCUGCACGACCUGCGCUCGCCCGUCUAUGACGCCAAGGAGCAGCAGGCAUGCCUGGCCGGCGACGGCAGUUCGGCCAAUGGCCCUGACGACGCCACAAAUGGCGGACCCAACAGCUUGGACAAGGAGCGGAAUGCGCUCAACGAGGACCCGCAUUGGCAGGAUACAAAAUAUGUUUUAACUAACUACAAAACUGAGCCAUGCAAACGGCCACCCCGGCUCUGCCGGCAGGGUUAUGCGUGCCCCCAGUACCACAAUAGCCGAGACAAACGACGAAGCCCAAAGAAAUAUAAAUACAGAUCAACACCGUGCCCCAACGUGAAGCAAGGUGAUGAGUGGGGGGACCCCGCCAACUGCGACAACGGUGACAGCUGCUCCUACUGCCACACACGCACCGAGCAGCAGUUCCACCCGGAGAUCUACAAGUCAACCAAGUGCAAUGACAUGCAGCAGGCCAACUACUGCCCCCGGGGACCAUUCUGCGCUUUUGCGCACGUCGAGAAGGAGAUCUCGGCCGUCCGAGACCUCGGGCCCGACUACUCCACCAACCUGGCCGCCAUCUUAUCCAGUGCCCUGCCCUCUUCGUCAUCCUCGGCAAAUCACCAGGGCAGUUCCGGUUCCCCGGCCUGCAAGAAUGACAACCCUUUCUCACACGUUGGGUCACACGAUCACAUGGCCGAGCAGCAGCAGCAACAUGCGGCGUCUUUAGGUGAGAAAGCGUGGUAUGCUGCGCAAGCAAAUGAUUGUAGCAACAACCCAUUGCCCAACCCCAUUGGACGGCCCCGCUCAUAUAGUUCUUCCACUAACCACUCCUCCGAGUCGUUACCACUGCACCAGAAGGCCCCAGGCUCUGAACGAGAGGACCGUGAGGCAAGCAUUCGCAAGCAGCUCAAGGCCAUUGACAAUGAGCCCAUGGCGGACCCCCUGGAGAAGGCGCGCCUCAAGCAGGACGUCUGGCUGGUACACGGGCUCACACCACCCCCGAUGACGUCUACAGCCUCCUCCUCUUCGUCUUUUUACCACUCUACAAACACAGUGGAAUCGGUUGUCGGUGUAGCACUUGACGACCUUAGCCUGGAAGACAUCAAUGUUGAGGCUUCUUUAGACAAGGACCUAGAAAAUGAUUCCAACCCCGUGAGCACAUCAAUAACGCAAGGGCUAACGAGUUCAGGUUUGCUAGGAAGUUCUGCACCUAUGAACAUUCCGGGGGCAAGCGGCAUGCACUGCAAUCGGCGGCUCGGCGGCAACAUGUCACCCCCCGUGGGCUCUCUGCCCCACAGCCUUGGCCUGCAGUCCAGCCACGACCAUGCUAUGGACAAGGCGGCUGCAGCCUUUUACAGCCACUCCGGUGGAGCGGGCUCCUUCUCGGGACCCAAGUACCCGGGCUUCCCGGGCAUGUACGACUUCAGCCAGGGGGCACUGUCGUCCCCAUCUUCGUCACACUUGCUCUGGGAUGACCGAAUGGCCCCCAAGGCGCCCCCGGGGCUGCACCAGCCCAUGCCGGGCUCGUGGGAGGAAGGCCUGGUGCAGGCGCGAGUCGUGUAUGAGGCAUGGAAGCGGGAAGUAGAAGAGGCCAAGCACAGGGAAAAGAUGGCUGAAUGCCAACGAGAUGAGGCCCUGGGUCAGAUGGCUCUACUGCAGAAGGAGCUGGAGGCCCUGGCGUCUGGGCGGGCGGCCGGCUUUGGGCCCCUGCGGCUGCAGGAGCUCGAGAAGCUGCCGGCCACCCAGCUGCGCCUGCUCCAGGAACAGCUGCGGGCCGACCUAGAUGCCGUGGACAAGGUUCUUUACCAGCAGCAGUGCAAGAGCAAGUGCCUGGUAUGCCAGCAGCAUAACCGCAGCGUGGCUGUGCUUCCCUGCAACCACCUGGUGCUGUGCGGCACGUGCGCGGCUGUCACGACCAAGUGCCCCUACUGCAGCUGCGACAUCGCGCGCAACAGCCUGCCCAUGUCCCUGUAGGGCACGUCCCUUCUGAGCCAGCGUCGUGGGAAGGCAUGCAAUCCACUUACGCUCCGUUUUUUAGAAAAAAUUCUCUCUACCCAUCGUGAUGCGAGGGCUUUUGCGUCGAGUCGUGGCCCCCGGGCAGCCUGCAGGAGCUGGUAGUGGGCAGAAGGUGCUGAAGAUGAUGUGUUUUAGCCGCCUCAAGCAGCUCAAACGUGCCGCAGUGUGGGUGGUGGGACUUGACUAACGCACACUUCCAGUUUGAGAGGGUGGCCCCGGCUGUGACGACAUGGGCAAGCGUGUUUCGCCUUAGGUGCGGGCUGUAAGGGCUCCCUGGCCCUCUCCUUUUUCCUUACCCGUGCUGGUGGUUCUGUGCCUGCAUUUGAUCGACCGACGUCCUUUACUUGGGCUGCAGACGACGUAUUAGCAAAUAUGUGUCAUAGUUGAACAGUUCAAAAAAAGUGCACGAACCACUGCGUGCAGUUUACAAGCGCGAUCGUUUCGCGGGACUUGUCGGUGACUGCUGCUGUGCACCGGGUGGCUGCUUUAUGUGCGGCUAAGGCUAAAUUGAGUGUGCAGAAGACAAGCUUUUUGGAGCACGAACUGGUCCCAGAAUGGAAUGGUAGCUAAAGUGCUCUCAGCUGGUGCUUUGUUCUGUCUGUCGCAAACUGGCUAUGAAAGUGCACCGGUCAUGGGAGAUUAGAUCCAAAGAUGUGCUGGUUAGGGCAUAACUAGGGAAGCCACUCUUUAGUUGGCAUACACUUGGUUGGUGGUCACCGCCACCGGUUGGUGGUCAACAACCAGUUGGUGGUUGCCGCAUCUGAAGACGCACUUUGUUUUUGAGCCCUGCUGAUGAACUGGUUGUCAUAACAGUGGUACUCAACUGUGCUUGAAAAAAAGUUGGAUGUCUGCUGGUUUUAGCCUGCUGGGAAAACUGCGUAACCUUUAUAAAUUCUUCAUUGACUUUCUUUGUACCAGGUUCUUUUAAAGCACUGGUAUCUUUGUCACUGUUGAAUUGUUCGUAACAAUUGCUGGUACCAGCUCUAUGAAUUAUGUUUUUGCUUAUUUCAUUAGAUGAAGUAGGCUGAAAAUCAUAUUAGCAUUCUGUAAUCAGUUACAUCCAGCAGCUUCUGAUUAGAGUACCUUAUUUUAUGUUGACUGUGUUUCCAACAGAUACAGUUGAGUCAGCAAGCAGCAGAUUAAGGGCACGAUCGUAGUCUGUUUUCUGUGUUGUGCUGCUAGAGAUACCAGUCACGGUUUUCAACGAAGUGGUGAUUGUGAUGUUUUUAUUUUCGACCGCUGCAUUGGUAGGUUUUGUGCGUUGAAGAGUGCAUUCUCACAAGUCCUAAGCUGUGUCUGUCUUCGGGCGUGUCGUGUGGCAUUAUAACAAGAAUGACACUUUUUUCGAAUGUGGGUAAAGUUCGAAGAAUCCAAGGCACACUAAACGUGGCUCUGUCGUGGCCCGUCUGCAAUCUAGAGACAAUGAGGCAGAAUUUUGUCCUUUAUCGACUUGCUUUGCUUAAAGCAAAUGGAGCCCAAGCUUUUGGGAGGUCGUUGAGUAACGCACGGCAUACUUUAUUCCAAUGUGUAACAUGUGAGUAGUGCCUGUAAUGUCUCAUUAUAGAGGCCCCUGCAGAAUCGUGCGAGUUGUAUUAUGUGUUUCGAAACAUGCCAGCCAAGUUGCCAAUAACUAGCCACCCAGUAUCCAAAUCAUGGAAUGCACUGUUCGGCGUACAAAACUUCGAUGGCGCCUUUAUUUUGAACAUGAUUUUACAGGGUUGAAGUAACAAUUUCAUCAAGUGAGCGAUAUUUCUUCAAAGUGAGAUUUCGUUGAGUAAGUUGUUCCUGGGCACUGACUGAGGGAGGCUUUCGUAUACCAACUGAAAAACGCUACCUAAUUUAUUGACUGGAACCACGACACUGCUCUGCGUGCAACGUGUAUCGCAAUUAGAAGGUGAACAGAGCGCUUAAUAGGCGAAACUGUCUUGUUGGGUCCUGUUUUCUUCGAAGUUCUUUUUUCUUCUGGCUUAGCCAAAUAUUGCUUCUUGUACCAUUCGCAUGCUUUCUAAAGGAAUUUUUCGGUUUCCUAGUUUGCAGCUGCCCGACUCGGUGAUACAGGUGCUUUCCUAUUCCCCUAUCUCACCCCACCUCACAAGAGCGUUUGCUUCUCUCUCUCGAGAAUGUCUACGCAUGAGGGGCAUUGAAAUGUGAAGGCUAGUGAGGCCACCGGCCUUGUUUCGGCCAUCGGCCAUCGACUGUGCUUGCUGAGAUUGUUGCUUUCGCGGCGCCAUUUCCUCGGAGAGAGAGAGUCCGGUGAAAGACAGCGGAACUGCAGAUUACUUUGCUGCUUCUGGUGAUGCAGGGGAAAAAGCUUUGGUCCAGGGAAUCUGCCUUUGGGGAUGUAUGUGCAGCGAGAAAAGGAAUCGGUGAGGAGGUGUUUGCAGUGUCUGCAAUGCCAGUGUCGGCUCUGGAUGUUCGACACAGGUCGUCGUCUGUCGGACAUGCUGCGAUCUUUGCUCGAUCAUCGCAGCUUUUCCAGCCAUCCCUGUGGAUGCAGUAUUCAGAUGGGCGGCGUGCGUUUUCCGCAAGGCAUUUCUUACCUUGUUUUAUUUUAUUUAACUUUUUUACUUUUACGACGAGAUGUAAGUGAGACUCGUGUGGCAAGUGAGGACACUUUUCCUGCACCACGUCGGCAGGAGUGCUGAAAAACACGAGGUUUAGAGGUACAGUUAGGAGGCUAUUUCAAUUGACUGCUGUCUCAUCCUGCCUAGGCAGGUACCACAUGGUCUGCAGUGGUGAUUGUGUCUUGUGCGUUGUGGUGCGUGUUUGUGGACAGGCAGAAUGCCGAGAGCUAGGGCAUUUGCUCCAGGUGAUGGGCUUUGGUGUUUGUCAGGGUGAGGCGGACACGUGAUGGAAGCUAGUGUCGCUAGAACUGCUAGAAAUGCACUACUUCUACUACCGUUGGUCACUGCGGCUUCAGGAUGCUUUGGAAAUUUACAGAUCCUGACUUUCUGUCCUUCCUCGGGCUGCUGUAGCACAGGACAGCUUGCUCUUCCUUCCUUAAAAAGUAGGAUUAUGUGUGUAAUGCCAUCUUGCAGUCUUGUUCUGUACUGCUCUCGCCCUUUGCUUGGCUGGUAUCUCUCUUCUUUUCCGAUACCUCGCCUUGCAUAUUCAGCAGUGCGUCGUCUGCUAAAGUUGGCGUCUCCUUCUGUUGGCAGCCAGCGGAAGUGAAGGUGUACUCUGUGGCGUUUCGUCUGUAGCUCUGUUCUUGCUACGUAGGAUUGUGCUGCCUGGUUCCUGAGAGCUCCUUCCCCACCCACCCCUCACCCACUGACUUUUGAAUCCUGUUCUUUUGCGAUGUGUCGAUAGCUCAUCUCGUCGCGGUGUCUUCACUCGGUUCUUACCACUGGGUCGUGCGCAGACGCACGUGGAUGACGUAAUUUGAUGUAAGGAGGGCAGAAGUGUGUUGGGUGAGGCCUGUUAGUUAGUUCCUUUGAUCUUCUCCCUUUUUUUUUCUUCCUGUACACAUUUUCUCCCUCACUAACCACAUCUUCUUAGCAUAAGUGGAAUAGUGAAAAUUCCUGUUGUGCUAGGGUGGGAGAGGGAGUUUCUUCACAACUUUUUGAAGACUUAGCGCUGUAUCCAGUUAUUGAUAGUUUAUAUAGUAGUAUAAUGUAUUUAUGUAUAUCUAUUGUAUGUACUAUCUUAUGGAAGGAGAGCGGGCUGCCUUGGUGGGCGGGUUACUAAGUGAUUGUCGUUUCUCUAUUACUGAUUUUUUUUUCUUUUUUCGAGGCCCUCUAUAUAUAUCUGUCUCUCACAAACCACGUGGGAGGCUGUGCUGUUGUGGCCACAUUGUGGUGACAAGAAUAACUUUAUUAUUGUGGAAAAAAAAAAUAUUGAAUUUAUAGGAAUUUUCACAAGAAUGGAUAAAAAGAAAAAAAAAAGUAAACUUAGGUGUAAAUUUUAAACUAACAAAUUGAAUGCACAGUUAGGUCAUGUUGUUUUCUCCUUUUUUUUUUUCUUUUCAUAAUCAAAGGUGUGUGUUUCUCUCCUGGAGGAGGGAAAGAGCUUUGAUGUGUUGUGUGCGCACGUGUGUGCGUCCUUUGUUCGAUGCCGGCGGUCUCCCCUUUCUAAAAGAAACGAGGGAUCGUUGGGAGGUGCACGUGUCACUUCGGCAUCGCGAAGUCGCACAGGUUCUUGUUUUUUUUUCUGUGUCGGAGUCGUCGAUGUCGUAGUUUUCCUUGUUCUUCUCUGAGCUAUUUUUCUAUUCCAGUUUUUGCCCCUUGCGCCUACUAAAACUUCGAAGGCUUCACUUCGAACCAAACGCACAACUAACUACAAGAGGUCGCAUUGCGUCUUUUGUACAGCUUUCUCGCAUUGAUUUUCUUUUCAAAGAAAAGAGACCUUCUCCCCGACUUUGUCCGUUUUGUUCAGAGUUGCCUGCCUUCUAUGGAUGCAUGGCUGGCUUCGACUGACCACUUAGUGAUGCGUCACUCAGCUAAGGGUUUCUGCUGUCAAGGGAUAAGCGAUUGGCUCCCGAUUGUCGGGGACAGAAAAGAGAAAAGAAAGGUGCAAUUAAGUGCGUCAGUCGCGUUGGCUAUUUGAAAUGGUUUAGGACAAAGGUUUAGGCAGAAAGGGCGUUGCGACCCACCCAGGCCUAGCAACGCCUUCAGUUUGAGUGGAGGCAAAGAUGGACGAGUCUUUUUAGUUCUUUCUUUCUCCUCCUCGUCACUUUUUUCAUUAUUGCUGUAAAUAAGAGAGCGAUCGCAACAUUAUUUCUCACAAGAAUACAACACUUCUUUAUCUCUUCUCAUACCACACAAGCACCAAACUAACCUCUCUGCUGAACUCUGUGCUGAGAAGCACGCAAAUGUGUGACACCACGCCACAUUUGCACACGACUCGCAAAAAAAAAAAAAGAAAGAAGAACUAACAAACAAAGAACAACACUCACACAGGCAUUACACACAAGCUAGGUCAUUAUUGUAAACUUGUAGGAACAAAAGUAUGAGUAAAGGUCUAGAAAAUAAAUCAAUAAAAUACAAAAAAAGUUUUCAAUUUUUUAAAGAAAAGUUCACCAUCGCUGCCGUGAAAUGCGUGGGCAGAUCGCUUACUUGCGACUGCUCGAAGACGCGUGUGCAUUUGUCAUGCUCGUCUGGUGGCCAUGCAAAAGAAAAAAAAGAAAAGGGCCUUCCUGGAUGCGUCGAUGCUGCCUGGUACUUUUCACAAGCGAGGUCUUGUCUGUGAUGCCAUCAACAUGGUCUCUGUGGAUUCUUGCAUGCUGUUGGUUAACUGCUGCCAUAGCAAAAUGCGCCAGAGAAACUUGGCACAUUCUUCGAGAAAUGUGGCAGUGCUCUGACAUUUACAGUGCUGAGUGUCGCAUAAAUAAUGUGGGGUGCAUGCAUCUCUUCUGGCUAAACUGUGGGCUCGUUCACACUCAAGUUUUGCUCCCGGGUGGCGAUUUGUGGAGCGUGCGCUCUAAUGCCACAUUCUUGUGCACUACUAGGCUGUUUCGCCCAGAGUAAGUUGUAUGUGUCGGCUGCGAUGACAGGAGAGGUAAACUUGGCAGGAAUGGAACGGCAGUGCCGUGUCAUCUUGUACUGCCACAAUGAAAUAAGGUGUGUGGUUUGUUUCGCCCUAACAGUCGCAGUCGCAAAAUCAGCAUUUCUUGCUGUAAGUCAUUGUUGCAGAAGAGACAUACUUUCGAUUCAGUUUGGAUGAAACUGGCUACGAAAAGUUCUGGGAAUCGAUAUCUACAUGCAAAAUUUGAGUGCAAGCUAGCCAUCGGUUUAGUCGGAAGAGUCUGGUAUACCCGAAAUGAGGAUGCUUAAAUGAUUGCUCUCAUUCAUGCAACAUUGGGUACGAUUGAGCGUCCACAUUGGCAAACAAUGCUUGUAUCGGAUGACCUUCUGGUAGCGUAGGCCCCGCUAUUGUUUGAAUCUCUCGACAUUCUUCUUGGCUGUUCGCGUGCGAUGUCUGCUCUGUUGGCGGUCAUCACGUGUCACCGUCAUGGUCUUUGCGAGUGUCAUGUGGGGCCCAGUCGUGGAGAAGUUGGGCUGCCACCCGUUUUCCACAACAUCACUGCUGAGACGAUGUCGAUAGCAUUACCGGCAGGCCUGUGUCGUGCCAACCUGAGGUAGACAGCGGCCGCUUUCUGUGCCGUAUGUGUGGGCGGUACUUUCACACUCGCCAAUCAGGUUGUGCAAAAUCAGUUGUCUGCAAAUGCUGUGUAUGUAGUUGUUUUCUAGGCUGUUUUCUCACUCGCCCCUCCCCCUUUCUUUUUCUUUUUAGACCAUCGCCUUUUUUCUUCGUAAGUCGCGCUCGAUCACGUUUAGGUGGCGGUUGCAACGCAUAUGUGUUUGUUGUGCGAGUUAUUGUAUCUAUGUGCCUGUUUAUCAGUGUUGUUUUUUUUUUCCUUAUCAAAGUUACUUGUGCAUACUUUAUAAGCGCACUGAGAGAGGAAACUUGAGGUUGUUAGCUUCACACUUGUCGUCGUUGGGACUUCGAAAAGUGAAAGGGGCACUUUGUGCUGUUAGAGUUGGAUUUUGUUGAAAUUUGGAUCUGAACCUCUUCUAUGGGAAAGUGCCAUUUAUGGUGACCGUUUCGCAAAUCCUUUCUGUGCCUUUUUUUUCUGCAGUUGCGAAGAUAAAAUAAAUUAUAGAAAAAUUAUCUGCCGCUGAAGUAACAGUGCAGUGCGUAGCGAGUAUGGUGUCUAUGUGUUCCUCCUGUGGCCUGCUUGGGACAGUUGCAGCACAAAUCGCUUGGCAGGUGUGAAGCGAACAACACCGUCAGGUUUUCUCUGGAUCGCCACUAGGCUUUUAUUUCAAGUAGUAGUUGACUAGGGUUUAAAAAAAUAAUGCUGCCAUAUUCAAGCAAAUCUAGAACUAUACAUGGGUCAUUGUUGGCAACUUAUGAAUUCUUUGUGUGUGUGUGUGCGUGCGCAUGUGAUUUUUUAAAGAUUUUUUAUUUAGUUCUUUUUGCUCACGUGGGCGUCACUACGCUUGGGAGAGCCUGCCUUCCGCAGUGAGUCCGGUUCUCCGGGCAGAAGAAGGCAGAGUUGGCAAUGCGGCUAUGUCUGUAUAGACUGCUACGUGUAAGAUAAUGGCUUUUUUGUGACUGUUCACAAUGGAAAUUAAUCGACGUGCAAGAGUGUUUGGAGCUCAAACUUGUAGCCCAGCCCAUUUCUCAAAAGAUUAGCUGCCAAAGUCAUAUGAAGAUUUUCUUAUGCCUAAUGCGUUUUAAUCGGCUCCGGCUGUCGUGAAUGACCUGAGACGUACCGCCAUUCUUAUGUGCGUUUAUUUACGUGUACCUGGCUGAUAGAACCUUAUAUUGCCUGUUUCGUUGCUUAAUAAUUUGUAUUUAUAGCCUGUUUACAACUAGCCAUUAGUUUUGUUCGUUGUGUUUGGCACAGCAAUUGGUAGGGCAAACACCUUUUGAGUUCAGAGGUUUGACCACGCAUGGGCAUAGCGCCUCGGUCGAUGGCGAAUGUGCAAAAAAAUAAAGGGCGCGGGGGGGUAUGGGAACGAUGUCUGGAUUGGGCAGUGGAAUGCCUAAAAGUGUAUACACUGGUCAUAUGUACGAGACCGUGUCGUCAGCUCAGGCACCUAAGUUUUGGACUGUCGACAGUUGACAUCAUUCUCUCGCAAACAUUUUUUGAUGAGCUUGAUUGCAGAGUCUUCAGCCAUAGGUUUAAGGAAAAGCCGUUGAGCAAUUCAAGUGUCGGAAGAGAUUUCUUCGCUGGGAAGCAAGUUGGUUGUUGGGUCUCCUGUUUUCCAUCAUUAUGCACUGUGAUGACGGUUUGGUUUGAUGGCUGUCGUGACGUUCCCGGUAUAAUAACCAUUAGUACCACUGCAACUUCCAGUGUUUUAUGGACGUUUUUACAUGUGUACAUAACAUAGGCGUCUACCUUGUGCUAGGCUGUUUUGUGUGGCAAGUCAACUUUCUGGUGGGGGCGAAAGGGGGGUCGACGAGUCGACUCGUCAUAGGUAGAUAUUUUUGCUGGGGCAAUACUAUUUUUCUCAUCAAAUUGGAGUUUAUAGCGUUAGAGGGUCUAUGCAAAGGGCUACGACAGCUUUUGAAGGACAGGUCUGUCGGAGAGUGAUUGGCUGCUGCCGCCGAGAUGACGAGGAUGACGCGCAAUCAUUGCUGUGCAAGGAAAAAAAGGGAAAAGAAAAAAAAAAGGCUUGUGAACCUAGAAUUGCUGGACAAAGUACUACUGCUCGUUGUGAGAAUUUGUCCUUUACCACAUAAAAAAGUUUUAUAAGGUGAUGAUGACUGUUUCUAUGAAUCUCGCGUGUCUUGUUUUUAUGGAGUCCUUGGUUAUGACGUACCAAGCUAAAACUUUUUCUUCUUUCAAACAAAGCGAUGAUCCUGUUUUGUCCAGCGUUUAAGAUAGAAUGCACCAACCUUGUUUGUUGCUGACCAAGUCGUGUUAAAAUUGUCUAGAACUGCCUGGCCUUGAUGUGUUAUUACUUUCUUGUGUGUGACGCCCAUUUCUUCAACUUUUUGCACUUUCGGGGAAAGCUGAAUAAGUUUUUCUCUGUCCUCUGUGGUUAUAUUUUGCUGGUGUCACUUUUGUGUGUGCACGUGGAAAAAAUUGUCGAGUCAUUGUUUUAUUUUGUGCGUUCUCUGUGUGACAUCAAAGUCAAAACUAAAUCGGAGGAGAAAAAGAAAAAUGUGCACUGCUCUUGUGUUCAUGUAGGAUCAUAGUCGAGAUGUUUAUUAUGGCUUUCUCUCUGUCCUCUGUUUCUUUAUUUCUCUCGUGUUGAGAAAUUUGUGUAAUUGAAAUAUUUCUUAAAAUUUAGGCAUAAUUAUGUAAAUAAAAUCAACUAUAGGAUUU